UUCAUGUGACACAACCAGGAACGAAUGUCAUUGUAGCCAACACGUGUGUGUAUCCGGAUCAGCUUCGAUAGCAGUGAAAGAGCCUUUCUAUAUUUACAUUUUCCGCCAACGUUACCUAGCUAACAAGUGUGAACAUGAUGAUUGAUCAUGGGAAAAUGGAAUGUGGUUGCCGACAUUAUUUUCAGCCAAAGGAGCUUGGCUGGAGAUGAUGGGACGAUACACUGCUUGUGUUCGAGAGCUUUUGUACAGGAUCGUGAGUUGUACAGAUCUGACCGUAAAGCCAUCACUAACUUGGCCGAAGGUGGGCUGCAAGAUGCAGAGGAUGAGCAUGGAGAGGACCAGGCAGAAGAUGAAGAGACUGAGGAGGAGGAGGAGGAUGAACCAAUCGAUGAAGAAGCCCAGCUUAUGGCCAGAAUGGGACUGCCUGUAGAGUUCAUAAGCUCCUCUGCACAGAGGAAAUCUGCCAGAAAGUUAAGGAGGAAGAAUGCCAACCACUGGGAAGCAGCCCCUGAGAAUCUGGAUGAAGAUGAUCCACUCCAGUCGCAGACGGAUGAUCCCAGUGUUGAAAGCACCAAGCCGGCGUUUGAUUGGUUUGAUCUCAGUGAGAGGCCAGGAAGAGAGACAGAGGCAGAACCUCAACCCUCCCAGGCCCAGCAGGGUUGGGAAGACUACUGGAGCCAGCAGGGAGAGGGGUUGUUGUGGCAGGGCUGGUUGGAGAAGCACCCUGAGACCUCCAGCUGUCCAGCCACAGCAGAGCCCCCCUGGGACUGCCCAGGCACUAAGGAGGCAUGGGAGCAACACGCCAGCCACACCUUUCUCUACUACUGGGAGCAGUUCAACUACUGGGCAGACCAAGGAUGGACCAUAGACUACUCAAGCAGUGCACCAAUUGAAACAAAGCAGCCUGGACAUGAGGGUGAAGCCGAAGGAGAGCCGACUCAUUGUUGUGACCCAGGGGAUUUAGAGUUUGAAGGAAGGCUGGAGCGGAGUGAGGUGGGCACUAGUGAAGUGGUCGAUCUGAUUGGGCAGAUGAGCCUUCUGUCAGAGGGUGUUGGUCAGUGUGAUUUGAGCAAACAACAAGUGGACCAUGUCAGUGGAAAUGAUGAACCUUGUGAUGGUGGUAAUCAUAAAAGAACUGCCUCAUCAACUAAGUCCACUGAAUUAAGAGAUUCCAAACAGGACAGGUGUCACCAGAAAAAUAACAAUGGAUCAAGUGAGAGAAGAGCAUCUAGUAGUGAUGAUGAUGAUGAUGAUGAUGAACCACCAGAUGGAAGAGUCACAAAACUUAAGCGAAGUCAUGAACUGGAUGUGGAAGAGAACCCUCAGAUGUCUGUGGAUGAAGCCUGGGAUAAACUGGGAUUAAAGCGCAGCCACGACCCCAUGAUUGAGAGCGUGCUGAAGUUUAAGCCCAGCCCCAGUCACCACCAUGGAAGUAGGGCUGGGAGGAAUAGGAAGCAACAUGGAGGGAGGAAAGCAGCCUGCCACAACACGCACACCUUCUUUACUGAAGAGGGAGAUAACACAGAGCCCAAGUUGACCAAGACCUUUCAAAAAGUUCAGAGUUUCCUCCAGAAGGUUCAGAAAGACAACGGCACACACACAGCCGUCCCGGACAUGUCAAAAGGCCAGACACAUGAGCACGGGGAGCAUGCCGACAAGAAGAGCCCUGCUUGUCCACAGUCAGAAGGAAAAGAAGAGAGACUGGAGGAAGAGAUGCAGGAGGAAGAGGAGAAGGAAGAUAGUCCUCAACUCUGUUUGGAGUUGGACUGUACUGAGCAGCUCCCUCAACCCUCCCAGCAGAACAUCGUCACCAGAAUAGAGGAAGCAGAAGAGGAUGAAGAGAUUCAAUUCAGAAGAGAGGUGUACUCACUGGACAUACCAGACUACUUAGUUCCCAAUGCACUUGAACAUAAUAACACAGAGUCUACUGGGAAGACUGGUAAGAAGAAGAAGAAAAGGAAAAGAGGAAAAUGUGGAGUGAUGCCAGCUGAGAUUGCAGCGGAGCCCGAGCUGGCUAAGUACUGGGCCCAGCGCUACCGUCUCUUCUCCAGGUUCGAUGAGGGCAUCAAGCUGGACCACGAGGGCUGGUUCUCUGUUACCCCAGAGAAGAUAGCAGAGCACAUUGCCCUGAGGGUCCAGGAGAGUUUCCACUCUGAACUCAUCAUAGACGCCUUCUGUGGAGUGGGAGGCAACGCCAUCCAGUUUGCCCUCACUGGGAAGAGGGUGCUAGCCAUUGACAUCGACCCGGUGCGUCUGGCCCUGGCACAGCACAACGCCCAGGUCUACAAGGUGGCCGAGCGCAUCGACUUUGUGCAGGGAGACUUCCUGCAGCUGGCACCUCGUCUGCGGGCGGACGUGGUGUUCCUCAGCCCCCCAUGGGGCGGCCCAGACUACCUCAGCGCAGACGUCUUCGAUAUCAAGACCAUGAUGUCGCCAAAUGGUUUUGACAUUUUCAGGUUGUCCAAAAUAAUAUCUGAUAAUAUUGUGUACUUCCUCCCACGAAAUGCAGACAUGGAUCAGAUCGCUUCUCUUGCAGGGCCUGGUGGGAGAGUAGAGGUGGAACAGAACUUUCUCAACAACAAGUUAAAGACAAUAACUGCAUAUUUUGGCAAUUUGAUUAAAUCAGAUUGCUAGUUUUAUUUGACCUAAUGCUAAACCUGAUCUCAGUUUGGGGUCAGUUUUUUUUUUUUGUGCAUGAUGAUGUGUAGACAUACCAUCUGAUGUUUUGUGUUAGUCUGCCCAUGUGGUUAUACACGUUUUACUGCUUUUAUUUUUCAACGAACACAUUUUCUUGCAUUAUCUAUUUUUGUAUUAAAGCUAACCAUGCCAUUUUACAUUG